UCCCUUUCCCUUCCCCUCCCUCACUGAGCCCGGCCGCAGUCCGGUCCUGUGCGUAAAGAGCGCAGAGCGCGCAGCAGAGUUGUGCGCAGCCCGGAUUACUGUUCCUCUCCGUCCGAACAGAGCUGCUCCCCCAUGAAGCUUGGUUCUUAUCCGUGAUUUCUUCGCCAUGAGCUGCCUGGAUGUGAUGUACCAAGUGUUUGGUACUCAGCCUUAUUUCAGCUCCUACAGCCCCUAUCAUCACCAGAAACUGGCUUUAUAUUCCAAGAUGCAAGACCCCCAGGAGAGCGGCAGCCGGCUCGGCCCCCCGGGGCCCCUGGCGAUCAAAGAGGAGGAUAAGGAGCUGCCACCAGGCGCUGAGUACCUGAGCUCCCGCUGCGUCCUCUUCACCUACUUUCAGGGCGACAUCAGCACUGUGGUGGAUGAACAUUUCAGCCGAGCCCUCAGCCAGGCGACUGCGUACCCGACCUCGAGCAGCCACAAGGCAGUGAGAGACGGAUCUUUUCCGAUGAGCCAGAGAAGUUUUCCUCCGUCGUUUUGGAACAGCUCCUACCAACCCUCCGUCUCCUCCACUCUGGGCAGCGCCCUCUCCUCUCCCCACACAGAGCUCUCCUUCGCAGGAGAUCCGUACUCCUCCGCCUCCCUUCAUAGCCACCUCCACCAGCCCAGCCCAGACUCCUGGCACCCGUCACAUCACCAUCACCAUCACCACCACCAUCCUUACUCACUAGGGGGCACCAUCAGUACUCAGACUUCAGCCUAUCCUCGCCCGGGGGUCCAUGAGAUGUACGGCACGGCGUUCGACCCGCGUUACGGAUCGCUGCUGGUGCCGUCGGUGAGGUCGCACCACCGCCUGUCAUCUGGCAGCUCAGUGCCAGGUCCAAGCUCCUCGCCCUGUGACCUUGGGGGUAAGGGAGAUUCAGGAACGGGAUCAGCCUGGAGCGGCGCCUUUAAUGGAGCCGGAACCGAAAUCGGACUCAACGUGGAUGCAGGUCUGCAGGCGCAGGAAAAGAGCAAGGACUUAUACUGGUUUUAGAGACUUUUUCUCCUUCCUCUCUGCUUUUUCCCCCCUCCACUCCUGCUCUGCUCUGUGAUAAAUCAAUGAGAAAACUUUUUUUUUUUUGGUGUAACAGCUUCUGGUCUGCUUGCAGCUCUGUGUUACGGUGGACUGUGCAGCACUGUGCAGCCCUGCUGAGCUGAACGCCGACCGCGUGGAUACAAAACAAGCGUGGAAACAAAAGUAGUCUCGCAGAGAGGAGGGAGGGAAUCCGAUCUGGACGGACACGGACAAAGACAGGAGUCUUUGUGCUUCUGAAACAGGCAGGGACGACAUUCCUAAACUGGAAAACGUCUGGGGACAGACGGACAGAGACAUGUGCUACAUUAGACUCCAAGGAGGAGCUCUUGAAGGGCUUGGCAGGACCUUCCUGACAACUGGGUUCAGACUCUUGGGAGCGUGUUAUGGCUGCACGAGGAGCACCGGUGGGUGUCGAAGAGGCCAAAUCUGGCCGAUGAUGAAGGCAGGAGGAGUGGAAACUCUUUAGUUUACAUGUUCCACCUCAACACGGCGCUGAUUAAACGAUCAUGAUCCGUUUGAAACCCCUGACUUUAAACCUUAUCUGUGUUUUUAUUGUGAUGAGGUUUGAAAAUGCUUUCAGGAUUAAGCAUGCUCCUUCUAAAUCCUGUUUUGUGAAUGUAAGAAAAGGACUUUCACUAAUAAAUCCUUUUAGAUGGAUUAAAAUCAUGGUGGGAAAAACAAAAACAAUCAAACCCGGAUGUAAAACAUAAAAAUACACUGAUAUAAUCUAUAAAAACGCACCAUGUGACUGUACCGUACAUCCUCUAUGCUGCUAUUAGUUUAACAGAUUUAAAUCUGAACACGUUCACCUGUUAAAACAUUAAAGAUUCAGCAUCUGAAACUAAAGUUUUCUGAAUGAGGUUUGUUGCUUUAAAAUGAUGAAUUAGGUAAUUAAAAAAAACAUAAAAUAA